AUGUCGUAUAAGAAAAAGAUUGUGUACCUUGAUGAUAUCAGGCCUUGGAAAACCACAUGGAUGAUUGAAGCCAAAAUCAUACACACCUGGAAACCAUCAAAAUCCGGUUUUGGUGAGACUUUAUCAAUCGUUCUCGCAGAUAAAAAGGGGAUCAAAGUUCUUGCUACAUGUAAGAAGGAUUAUUUGAGAACUUUGGGUGCUCAAUGCAUUGUUGGUGAAUGGAUAAUUAUUGACAAUUUCCAAGUUAGUGAACCGGGGAAACAUUACCGAGCAACAAACAAUAAGUUUAAGAUCAGUUUCAUCAACCAGACGGUUAUUAAACCCUCUGAUUUCCAGAACGAUGAUGAUAUGUUUCUUUCCUUAGCAGAAUUUGAUUCUGUUUUGAGUGGUCAAUUAGAUGCAGAUAUUUUAAUUGACAUACUUGGACAAGCCAUAGAUGUUGGGCACCUUCAAGUUCUCCAAUCUAAUGGAAAGGAGUUGAAAAAAAUUGAGUUCACCUUAAGAAACAUCAGUGAUGAGCGCAUACAAUGUUGUUUUGUGGGGAAGUUUGCUGAGGAAAUGCAAACUCAUAGAAAUGAAGCACAAUUUGGAGUUGUUGUGUGUUUGAUCCGAUUUGCUAAAAUCGGAUCAUUUAGAGGUAAUCUCCAAAUAUCAAAUGCUUAUGAUUCCUCAAGAUUGGUUUUCAAUCCUAUCAUACAAGAGGCAGAGGAACUCAAAGAAGUUUACAAACUUAACCAUGACUCUAUGAGCAUUGUUGAAACAAAUGAAGAAAGGAACAUGAUCGUUCCAGAAUCAAACUUGGAAACUCAGAAGAAAGUUGACCCUUGGAUAAAUUAUGAUGAUAAAACCAUUUCUGAGUUACUGUCAUCCACAGAGGUUGAAAAAUGCAAAGUUGUUGCCACAAUUUUUGCUAUAGAUACUGCAUAUUCGUGGUUUAAGCUUCAUAUUAAAGCUAAGGACGACACAGCUGAAACCAGAUUUUUACUUUUUGACUGGAUUGCAACUCCGGUCAUAGGAGUUAGUGCUGAAAAACUUCUUAAUGGCUCUUUGGAUGAGAUAGAAGAUCCAGAGUUGCUCCCUGAGUGUAUUAAAGAGAUAGUUGGAAAAACUUUUAAGUUUGGUGUUAAAGUUGAAAAAGGACUUGAAUUAUUUAAGGUGUUAAAAGUGUGGUCUGUUUACAACAAUCUCAUGGUUGAUUCCAAGUCUGAAACCAUGUCUGGAAAGGGAACAACAACAAUCACAGAAUCUGAGGGGUCUCUAUUGACUUACAGUGAAGAAAGCUCCAGCAAGAUAAAUACUCCUUCCAAGCGCUCACAGGAUGAGAUUGUGGAUAUUCCGGAUACCACAUCAACUUCAAAAAUUCGUCCUUUAAAAAAUGUCAUUGAAGGUCAAUACAAUCAGGAAUAUGAUAUAAGCAGUGAUGAAAGUGAUGAAUAUUCUGGGCUAUCAACUUAUGCUGAUCAUAUUUUUAAUGAUGGGAAAUCAAACCGCUUUGACUUUCAGGCUGUUGUUACAAGAAUAAAUGCACAGAAAGCCAAAAAAGCAGAAAUGAAACUAUCAUCAUGCUCAAAAUCAAAACUAAAAGUUAUUGCAUAUAUUGAUGAGGGCGAUCCUGCUUUCACAUGUCAGUAUUUUAAGGCCAAAUUGUGGUAUGGUGAACGUCUAGACAAAAAGACAAGAACAAAGAACCCAGUUUUUUCUAUAUGUUGUGGACAAGGUCAAGUUAAACUUCCAAUCCUGAAGGAGAGUCCAUUAGUUAUUAAACAGCUGCUCUAUGGGAAAGAUGAGAAAAGUCGAUAUUACCAAAAAAAUUUAAGAGCAUUGAACAUGCUUUUUUCUUUUACUUCGCUUGGUGGUAAAGUUGAUCGCUCUAUUCCUAAUGGUGUUGGUCCAACAACUUUUACAAUUCAAGGGGAAAACUACCAUUUGAUGGGAAGUAUGAAACCAGAUGCUGGUGAUUCGGCCAAGUUUUCUCAGCUUUAUAUCGUUGACAUUGAAACCGAGGUUGAUGAUAGAGAUUCAGUUAUGAGCAAGUACAAGACAGAACCUGAUAAAGCCAAGAAGCAUGCAUUGAGAAAGAAAAUUAUAAAGGAUAUUAUCAAAGUUCUUGACAACGUUAAUCCAUAUGUCAAGAAGUUUCGGCAAGCACGAGAAAGACUGAGCAUGGAAUCUAACGAGAAGUUUCACAUGAGGAUUGUGAGUAGUCGUGAGAAAGAUGGUAGGACUUAUGAUACUCCAACAGCGUCUGAAGUGGCUGCUUUGAUUCCUGGAGACUUCAAUUUAGAGAUGGACAGGCGUGACAUUGUUUUGCAAGAGAAACAGACAGGCUGGUUAAAAAGGAUUAGUGAGAUACAUCCUUCUUAUCUUGCACUUCAAUAUCCUCUUAUUUUUUCCUAUGGAGAAGAUGGUUUCAGACUUGGAAUAAAAAAAAGAGAUUCUCCUGCGACUGAUAAACUAAAGAGAAAGGAUAUAAGUAUGAGGCAAUGGUUUGCUUACCGUCUUUUUGAAAGAGAUGGCGAGUGUCAAACGCUUCUGCAUUCAAGAAGAUUAUUUCAGCAGUUUCUGGUGGAUGCGUUCACAACCAUAGAGACAAACCGAAUCUGUUUUUUAAGGCAGAAUCAGAAAUGUUUGAGGUCUGACAGCUAUGACUCAAUUAAACAGGCUCAGAACGAAGGAAAAGUAGAUAUGAAUGACCAAGGUGCUCGGUUUAUUUUGCCCUCUUCCUUCACCGGUUCACCAAGAUACAUGAAGAACAACUAUCUAGAUGCAAUGGCCAUUUGCAAACAUUUUGGUUUCCCUGAUUUGUUCAUCACCUUUACUUGCAAUCCUAAAUGGCCAGAAAUCACGAGAUAUCUUACACGGAAGGAAUUGAAUGCAGAGGAUAGGCCAGAAAUAGUUUCUCGAGUUUUCAAGAUGAAGUUGGAUUCACUUAUGAUAGAUUUAACUGAUAAUGAGAUCUUGGGAAAGACAGUGGCAUCAAUGUAUACUGUUGAAUUCCAGAAGCGAGGCUUGCCACAUGCUCACAUAUUGUUAUUCAUGCACCCCAGUUCUAAGUUGUCUACGACUGAUCUUAUUGACAAGACCAUUUCAGCAGAAAUUCCAGACAAGAAAGAGGAUCCAGAACUAUAUGAAGUGGUUAAAGACAUGAUGAUUCAUGGACCUUGUGGAGUGGUUAAUAUGAAAUCACCCUGUAUGGAAAAUGGCAAAUGUUCUAAACUAUUUCCAAAGGCAUUUGCAACCCGAACUACGGUUAAUAAAGAAGGCUUUCCAGUUUACAGGAGACGGGAUAAUAAUCAUUUUGUUGAGAAGAAAGGUUUCAGAUGCGACAACAGAUAUGUUAUACCAUAUAAUAGAACUCUGUCUCUUAUGUACAGAGCUCAUAUUAAUGUGGAGUGGUGUAAUCAAUCUGGGUCUAUCAAAUACUUAUUCAAGUACAUCAACAAGGGUCAGGAUCGGAUUACUGUAGCUGUUGAAGGGCCUAAAGAAGGAGUAUCUUUGGAAGACAGUGAUGUGAAUAAAACGGUUCCCCAAGACAAGAAAAACGAAAUAAAAAAAUUCUUCGAUGGCAGAUACGUCUCUCCAUGUGAAUCUUCAUGGAGAACACUUAAGUUUCCUAUUCAUUAUCGAUCAGUGCCGGUUGAGAAAAUCCAGUUCCAUUUACCAGGCAAGCAGAUUAUUAUCUUUAAGGAUGACGACACAUAUGAGGAAGUAACAAGUCGAGUCAUGAUUCAGAAUACCUAUUUAAUGGCCUGGUUUGAGUUGAACAAGGUUAGCUCCGUUGCUAGAGCUCUAACUUUAGCUGAAAUUCCAACAAGGUUCAUAUGGAACAAAAAAGAAAGAAAACUUCAAAAAAGAAAAAGAGGUUUCAGCAUUGGGAGAAUAAAUUAUGCACCAAAGAAGAUUGAGGAAGCUUAUUAUCUACGUGUGUUGCUGAAUAUUGUCCGUGGCCCGACGUGCUUUGAAGACAUAAGGACGUAUAAUAAUGUGCUUUACUCUUCUUUUAAAGAAUGUUGUUUUGCUCGUGGUCUACUUGAAGAUGAUCAAGAAUACAUCGAUGAUAUUAUUAGGUCAAGCUACUCGAGCACAGCAUCCUGCCUACGACAUUCAUUUGCUGUCAUGCUCAUGUCUAUGACUUUAUCGAUGCCAGAAAAGGUUUGGGCAAGAUUAUGUCUUACUGAUGCUGAAAAAAAAGAAGGAGCCCUAUUGGAGAUUGAAAAAAUUUUGAAAAGCAACGGAUCUUCACUAUCUAAUUGGGACAAAAUGCCAAAGCCCUUCCAGAAUGUGGAUGAUUGUCAAAAUGUACUUAUUCUGGAUGAGUUAAGUUACAACCGUGAAGAGUUGAGGGUUCAACAUGAUAAGGACUUUUUAAAGAUGACAGAUGAACAGAGAAAGAUUUACCAGGAGAUUAUGGAUGCAGUUACAGCAAAAACAGGCGGUAUUUUUUUUGUUUAUGGAUUUGGUGGGACUGGAAAGACAUUUUUGUGGAGAUUAUUAUCUGCUGCUAUUAGAUCCAGGGGUGAGAUUGUGUUGAAUGUUGCUUCAUCUGGUAUUGCUUCGCUUCUGUUAGAAGGAGGAAGGACUGCACAUUCUAGAUUUGGAAUACCAAUCAAUCCUGAUGAAUAUUCUCUGUGUAAUUUACCACCAGGGACGGAUUCUGCUAAUUUGGUUAAAGAAGCCUCACUUAUAAUUUGGGACGAAGCACCGAUGAUGAGCAAGCAUUGUUUUGAAUCGUUGGACAGGAGCUUAGUAGACAUCAUGAGGACUAAAGAAAAGAAACCAUUUGGUGGGAAAGUUGUUGUAUUAGGAGGAGAUUUCAGGCAGGUACUUCCUGUUAUUAAUGGUGGUUCAAGGGCUGAGAUUGUGAUGAAUUCUCUAAAUUAUUCCCAUCUAUGGAAACACUGCAAAGUGCUCAAAUUAACAAAAAAUAUGAGGUUGCUGUCAACUGAUAUGACUGCUGAAGAGUUGAAGGAACUAGAAGCAUUUUCGCAAUGGAUAUUAGAUGUUGGAGAUGGAGUAGCUGGCGAGCCUAAUUAUGGUGAUGCACUAAUUACUAUUCCAGAUGAGUUUCUGAUUAUGGAUGCAGACGAUCCUAUAGAAUCAAUCAGCAAAGAAAUUUAUGGAGAUGCUACAGCUCUACAGCAUCAGAAAGAUCCUAUUUUUUUUCAAGAGAGAGCUAUUCUCUGUCCUACAAAUGAGGACGUAAACAAUAUAAAUCAGCAUAUGUUGGAUAAACUUGGUGGUGAGGAAAGAAUAUAUUUAAGCUCAGACAGCAUAGACCCAUCUGAUACACGAUCAGUUAAUGAUCAAGCUCUGACACCAGAUUUUUUGAACAGUAUCAAGGCAUCAGGUUUACCAAACCAUACUCUUAGGCUAAAAGUAGGAUGCCCUGUCAUGUUGCUGAGGAAUAUUGAUCAUGUUGGUGGAUUGAUGAAUGGAACUAGGUUGCAGAUUAUAGAUAUGUCUGAUUUUUGUGUGAAGGCUCGAAUUAUUACAGGAAAGAAAGUUGGGGAAGUCGUUUUGAUUCCAAGACUGUCAAUUACUCCUUCAGACAAGAAGUUACCAUUCAAGAUGAGGAGAAGACAGCUUCCUAUUUCUGUGGCUUUUGCUAUCACUAUUAAUAAAAGCCAGGGGCAAUCACUCUCGCAUGUUGGAAUAUUUCUACCGCGCCCGGUGUUUUCUCACGGACAACUCUAUGUUGCUAUCUCUAGGGUCACAUCCAAGAAAGGUUUGAAGAUUUUAAUUGUUGAUGAAAAUGGAAAGCCUCAGAAACAAACGCAAAAUGUUGUUUUCAAAGAGAUUUUUGAAAAUCUCUGA